GGAUGUGUUUGAGAGAGUAUGUGUGUAUAAUCACCCACCCAAGUGUCAACCAGGCUGUGAUAGUCGUUUAUCUCUUCACCAGCCUCAUCUACAAUCCGGGAUGGCUGCUUCUCCAGACCCUUGUCCCGGUUGUCCUGUUCCUGCUCAGUGUGAUCAUGUGGUCAGUCUACCACACCCACACAGCUGACCCCACGGUGGACCUUCCCCUACCACCUGGUUCUAUGGGACUGCCCAUUGUGGGGGAGACGCUGUCGUUUGCGUUUGGAAUCAAAGAUUUUUUUGGCAGUCGAAGAAAGCAGUAUGGAGACGUGUUCAAAACCCACAUACUUGGAAUUCCGGUUAUCCGGGUAGUUGGUGCUCCACACGUGCGAAAGGUUCUGAUGAACGAGCACAGCCUCGUGAGCGCCUACUGGCCGCGGAGCGUACAGAUACUGCUUGGCUCACACAGCGUUGCCACAGCGGCCGGAGAGGUGCACAGGAGCAGGAGGAGGGGGCUACAGAGGGCCUUCAGUGGGGAGGCUCUGGAGGGCUAUGUAGCCAUGAUACAGAGGAUUCAUGUAUUCCCUCUUUCUCAGACGGUGCGUGAGCGAAUAAAGACGUGGUGUUCCAAAGAUUCUGUAAUGGGUUAUCUCGAGAGCAAACGUAUGACCUUCGCCUUGUCUUGUGAGACCCUUCUAGGGAUUAGUCUGCCAACAGAAGAUCACAAUGCUCUUGUGGAGCUCUUCACUGUGUUCACUGAGAAUAUUUUCUCUCUGCCCUACAACUUCCCUGGAUCUGGACUGGCUAAGGGCGUGGCCGCUCGCGAUGCCAUUUACGCCACCAUCGAAGAGAACCUCAUUCAGAAACAAAGAGUGCUGAGGGAACGCCAGGCGAGGAAUGACGGAGAGGAUCAGUUUCCAAGGGAGACCAUGGACGCCAUGUCCCGCCUCCUCCUGGCGAGCGGCGAGAACGAAGCUCUGACGGUUGAGGAGCUAAAAGAGAUUGGUUUGGAGCUGCUGUUCGCUGGACAUUCUACCACGGGUAGUGCGUUGACGUCACUCAUACUACAGCUGGGUAACAACAGCAAUGUGGUGUCGAAAAUAAGGGAGGAAUUGGAGGCCCACGGUCUCAGCAGACCUGAGCAGGGAGAUUUGAACUUAUACGUCCUGUCCAAACUAGAGUAUGUGUCGGCUGUGACCAAAGAAAUCCUUCGCAUGACGCCUCCUGUUGGGGGCGGGUUCAGAACGGUGCUGAAGACUUUCACCAUCAACGGAUACCAAAUCCCCGCCGGCUGGACGGUGAACUACGGCAUCAGAGAGACUCACGAGUGUACCGACGUCUUCGCUGACGGAGAGAAAUUCGACCCCAGUAGAUGGCUUACUCAUCGCGAGCAGGAGUACAAGUUCCACUACCUCCCGUUUAGUGCAGGCCCACGUACGUGUGUGGGAAAAGAGUUUGCCAAGAUCCUUCUCAAAAUCUUUGUGUUGGAGCUGGUGAGGUCAUGCUCGUGGGAGCUGGUGGGCGACUCGGUCAAGAUGAAGCACAUGCCCGUACCUUACCCAGCAGAUGGGUUGCCUGUGAGGUUUACAGAGUUCAACUCCAGAUCGGACCGAAUCAAUUCAGAUAUUUUGUGAUUUGGUCACAUAGUUUGAAUAUCUGAUGGCGGGGAAACCUACUAAUUGUUUUUUUACUUUUUAAUUGAAGCAGUAAGAGUAACAGAGAAGACAAAGUGGUUCACUAUGGCAGUUGUUGUUUUCAAUACAUAAAUAUCAAUUUUAUUAGGUAUAUCUGUGCACAUGAAGAAACAUUUUGGGGUGUAUUUAUUAGUUUAAUAUUUUGAUGGUAUUUUUGUGUGCAUGUGUAUGUGUGUGUGUGUGUGUGAGUGCUCGAUGGUCUGUGUGUAUGU